GGCCGGCGAGCGAAAGAGGAGCCGGCCGCGCGGGCCGGGAGGGGACGGCCGCUGGAGCCGCCGAGGCCAAGCGCUGCGUGGUGGGGCCCGGAAACGGGAUGUCGCGCCUCUGCGGGCGGCACAGAGGAAGCGAGGGCCUCCCUGCGCCGCUGCUGUGACGGCCAGUGAGCGAGCCGCCGGAGGAUGUCCGCCACGACGACGGCCACCCCCCCGGGGAUGCCGGCGGCCCCGGGCCCCGUGAACCCGCCCCCGCCGGAGGUCUCCAACCCCGCCAAGCCCGGCCGCAAGACCAACCAGCUGCAGUACAUGCAGAACGUGGUGGUGAAGACGCUCUGGAAGCACCAGUUCGCCUGGCCCUUCUACCAGCCCGUGGACGCCAUUAAGCUGAACCUGCCCGAUUAUCAUAAAAUAAUCAAGAGCCCGAUGGACAUGGGGACGAUUAAGAAGAGGCUAGAGAACAAUUAUUACUGGAGUGCGAGUGAAUGUAUGCAGGACUUCAACACCAUGUUUACAAAUUGUUAUAUUUAUAACAAGCCCACAGACGACAUAGUGCUAAUGGCCCAAGCCUUAGAGAAAAUUUUUCUGCAGAAAGUGGCCCAGAUGCCCCAGGAGGAAGUUGAAUUAUUACCCCCCGCUCCAAAGGGCAAAGGCCGGAAGCCGGCUGCGGGAACCCAGAGUGCAGGUGCGCAGCAAGUGGCGGCCAUGCCCUCUGUUUCCCCGGCGACCCCCUUCCAGAACGUCCCCCCUGCUGUCUCCCAGACGCCCGUCAUUGCUGCCACCCCUGUGCCAACUAUCACCGCAAACGUCACGUCGGUCCCGGUGCCCCCGGCUGCCGCCCCACCUCCUCCCGUGACACCGGUAGUCCCGGUGGUCCCUCCCACGCCGCCCGUCGUCAAGAAAAAGGGCGUGAAGCGGAAAGCGGACACGACCACGCCCACGACGUCCGCCAUCACCGCCAGCCGGAGCGAGUCGCCCCUGCCGCUGUCGGACCCCAAACAGGCCAAGGUCGUGGCGCGGAGGGAGAGCGGGGGCCGGCCCAUCAAGCCGCCCAAGAAGGACCUGGAGGACGGGGAGGUGCCCCAGCACGCGGGCAAGAAGGGCAAACUGUCGGAGCACCUGCGGCACUGCGACAGCAUCCUCAAGGAGCUGCUGUCCAAGAAGCACGCGGCCUACGCCUGGCCCUUCUACAAGCCGGUGGACGCCGAGGCCCUGGAGCUGCACGACUACCACGACAUCAUCAAGCACCCGAUGGACCUCAGCACCGUCAAGAAAAAGAUGGACAGCCGCGAGUACCCGGACGCACAGGGCUUUGCAGCCGACAUCCGGUUAAUGUUCUCCAACUGCUACAAGUACAACCCGCCAGACCACGAGGUGGUGGCCAUGGCCCGGAAGCUGCAGGACGUGUUUGAGAUGCGGUUUGCCAAGAUGCCGGACGAGCCGGCAGAGGUACCCACGGUGCCCGCCCCCGCAGCCCCGGCGGUGAGCAAGGGCACGGAGAGCAGCCGCAGCAGCGAGGAGAGCUCCUCGGACUCGGGCAGCUCGGACUCGGAGGAGGAGCGGGCCACCAGGCUGGCGGAGCUGCAGGAGCAGCUGAAGGCCGUGCACGAGCAGCUGGCCGCCCUGUCUCAGGCCCCCGUGAACAAGCCAAAGAGGAAGAAGGAGAAGAAGGAGAAGGAGAAGAGGAAGAAGGACAAGGACAAGGACAAGGAGCGGCACAAGGCCAGGUCCGAGGAUGAGAAGAAGGCCAAGGCUGCCCCGCCCACCAAGCAGGCCCAGCAGAAGAAGGCGCCCACCAAGAAGGCCAACAGCACAACCGCGGCCAGCAGACAGCCGAAGAAGGGCGGCAAGCAGGCCUCGGCCUCCUACGACUCGGACGAGGAGGAGGAGGGCCUGCCCAUGAGCUACGACGAGAAGCGCCAGCUGAGCCUGGACAUCAACCGGCUGCCCGGGGAGAAGCUGGGCCGCGUGGUGCACAUCAUCCAGUCGCGGGAGCCCUCGCUCCGGGACUCCAACCCCGACGAGAUCGAGAUCGACUUCGAGACCCUGAAACCCACCACCCUGCGGGAGCUCGAGAGAUACGUCAAGUCCUGUUUGCAGAAGAAGCAGAGGAAGCCGUUCUCGGCGAGCGGGAAGAAGCAGGCAGCCAAGUCAAAGGAGGAGUUAGCUCAGGAAAAGAAGAAGGAGCUGGAGAAGAGGCUGCAGGACGUCAGCGGGCAGCUGAGCAACAGGAAGCCUGCCAAGAAAGAGAAAUCGGGUGCGGCGCCCCCCGGAGGGCCUUCCCGGCUCAGCAGCAGCAGCUCCUCCGAGUCCGGGAGCAGCACCUCCAGCGGAUCGAGCUCGGACAGCAGUGACUCGGAGUGAAGUUGGGCUCGGC